AUGCCGAGUCCUACUAAGAAACGGAAACUUAACAAUGGCACAAAGUCAACAACACCAGCUCGAGGCCUUGAGUAUUUCUUUUCGAAGCAAAAACAAAAUGAUCCAGACUCUGUCAAAAAGCCAAAACUUGAGGAGAAAGAUGGCGCAUCAAGCGAUGUCAUCACAGAAUUAACAGAUGAAGAACUUGCCAGGAAGCUUCAGGCAGAAUGGGACCAAGAAGUUGCCAAUACACCACAAGCUACGGUCCAAGCCCAAACUCUUCAACUUCCAAGUAAAAUCAACGAAUCAGUAUCUCGCGAUGAAAGUCCGAGUCCUGCAGGUCCGAAGCCCACGUCACCAAUCACCCUCCCAACUCUUAGCAAAUCUGGUCCAAUCACAAAGACAAAACCUACACUUGGGCUUCAGGCAGCGGGUAUGGCCGAGGAUACUACAACAACUUCUAUACCUUUCGAUGAGUCUCCUUUGAUUUUCGAUCCAUCGGAAUAUGUUGAUCAACUGAAAGGACAUUGGGCCUCUGAAGGCGGCAAUGCAUCCUAUGCACUUCUCACUCGAUGUUUCAUUCUCAUAAACGGCACCACCAGUCGAAUCAAAAUUGUAGAUACCCUUGUGAACUGCUUAAGAGUUAUCAUUGAGGGCGAUCCGGCAAGUUUGUUACCAGCGGUCUGGCUGGCAACUAAUGCCAUUUCACCACCUUACAUCUCUAUGGAGUUGGGAUUGGGAGGGUCGGCAAUAUCGAAAGCGUUGCGAAAUGUGUGUGGACUCGAUAAUCGAGCUCUGAAGGCCAUUUACGACAAGUACGGUGAUGCCGGAGAUGUCGCCUUCGAAGCGAAGAAGAAGCAAAGCUUCACUUUGAGAAAGCCGAAACCCUUGACGAUCAAGGCCGUGUACGAAUCUUUGGUUAAAAUCGCCAAUAGUCAAGGACAAGGCAGCUCCGAAACAAAGCAAAGAUUGGUUGACCGGCUACUCCAAGACGCUCGUGGUGGAGAAGAGAGUCGGUUCGUCGUGCGAACUCUCUGCCAGCAUUUACGUAUCGGCGCUGUCAAAACGACAAUGUUGAUCGCGCUGUCACGGGCAUUUUUACUCUCACGCCCGCCAGGAGCCGACUUCCCUUUAAAAUCAGUAUCUGACUUGGCCAAACUCAAGAAGGAAGAUUUGGCUGAGAUAUGGGGUCGGGCUGAGGAGAUAGUGAAGGCGUGCUUUGCUAGGCGUCCGAACUACAACGAUCUUGUGCCUGUUCUCCUUGAAAUUGGCAUAUCUGAGGAGCUGCUGAUACGGUGUGGUCUAACCCUCCACAUCCCAUUACGGCCCAUGCUCGGAAGCAUUACCAGGGAUCUAUCGGAGAUGCUCACCAAACUACAAGGCAGAGAUUUUGCUUGUGAGUUCAAGUACGACGGCCAGCGAGCUCAAAUACAUUGUGAUGAGAAUGGGAAAGUCAGCAUCUUUUCUCGGCAUUUAGAAGUCAUGACAGAUAAAUACCCUGACUUGGUCGAACUCAUACCAAAAAUACGAGGAGAAGGCGUUGACAGCUUCAUUAUGGAAGGAGAGGUGGUGGCGGUUGAUCGCGAGACUGGAGAGCUCAAGAACUUCCAGACACUUACCAACAGGGCGAGGAAAGACGUCGAUAUUGGAAGCAUCACUGUGGAUGUGUGCAUGUUUUCGUUCGACCUGAUGUAUCUGAACGGGCAACCAUUACUCGAUCGACCGUUUCGAGAAAGACGAGAACUGCUUCGGUCACUCUUCAAGGAGAUACCGCAUCACUUUACGUGGGUAAAGAGUAUUGAUGCUACAUCUGCGGACUCAGAGUCGGUCCUAGAAUUCUUCAAAGCUGCCACAGAUAUCAAGUGUGAGGGAAUCAUGGUCAAAAUUUUGGACAAUCUAUCCACAGUACCUUACGUGGGUGAUGUUGAAGAGGAACCAGAAGGAUCCGACAAGUCAUUGACGCCUAGGUCGAAGUUGAGGGGGAAAGCAAAAUCGAACGGAGAGCCUAAGGCUAAAACGAGACGCAAACCCUUGUUGGCUACGUAUGAGCCAGAUAAGCGACUUGACUCCUGGCUCAAAGUCAAGAAAGACUAUAACUCCAGUUUUGAUACGCUUGAUCUUAUCCCUGUUGCUGCAUGGCAUGGCCAGGGACGCAAGGCAAAAUGGUGGUCGCCCAUGCUCAUGGCUUGCCGUAACGAAGAGACGGGAUCCCUAGAAGCAGUCUGCAAGUGCAUGUCUGGGUUCUCUGACAGUUUUUAUAAGGCCAACCGUCUGUUUUAUGACGAUGGUGAAGAGAGUGGCGAGCCCAAGAACACCAGAACCACGCAACCCAGUUUUAUUGAAUACUCGGGCCCAAGACCCGAUGUUUGGUUUGAGCCACAAGAAGUCUGGGAGAUGGCUUUUGCAGAUAUUACACUCAGUCCGACAUACACUGCAGCAAUCGGCCUUGUAAGUGAUGAGAGAGGAUUGAGCCUGAGAUUUCCACGAUUCAUGAAGAAACGGGAAGAUAAAAGUCUUGAAGAAGCAAGCACCAACGACUUUUUGGCUGCUCUUUGGCGCAAACAAGAAGCUAAGGCUGCAUCAAAUAAGGAGAAGGGCGAUGCUGGAACAGAAGUGGCAGACGUAGAAGAAGCUGAUGAUUGA